GAGCGCGCAGGCGCGUAGUGCGCCGGCGGACGGGGGAGGGAUGCAGAGAGCGCGAGCGCUUUGGGUUUAUUUGGAUUGUGGACGGUGCGCGCACAGCCCGGGAAAAGCGGUAAAUGGCGGCUCCGAGUGCGGGCUCUCGGCCUGCCUUACAGCGAAGGGUGCUAAUGGCCGCUGAGAGAGGGCGCAGGGUAUUGGGAGUGUGUGGCAUGCAUCCUGACCAUCAGGAAGCACUGAAAAAGAACCGAGUGGUCCUAGCCAAACAGCUGUUGCUGAGUGAAUUGUUAGAGCACCUCCUGGAGAAGGACAUCAUCACCUUGGAAAUGAGGGAGCACAUUCAGGCCAAAGUGGGCAAUUUCAGCCAAAAUGUGGAACUUCUCAACUUGCUGCCCAAAAGGGGUCCCCAGGCUUUUGAUGCCUUUUGUAUGGCCCUGAGGGAGACCAAGCAGGGUCACCUGGAGGACCUGUUGCUCACAACCCUUUCUGGUCUUCAGCAUGCACUCCCACCGUUGAGCUGUGACUACGACUUGAGUCUCCCCUUCCCGAUGUGUGAGUCCUGUCCCCCUCACAAGCAGCCCCGCCUGUCUCCAGAUACUAUGGAACACUCCCUAGACAAUGGAGAUGGUCCUCCCUGCCUUCAGGUGAAGCCUUGCACUCCUGAGUUUUAUCAAACACACUACCAGCUGGCCUAUAGGUUGCAGUCUCGGCCUCGUGGCCUGGCACUGGUGCUGAGCAAUGUGCACUUCACUGGAGAGAAAGACCUGGAAUUUCGCUCCGGAGGGGAUGUGGACCACAAUACUCUGGUCACCCUCUUCAAGCUCUUGGGCUACAAAGUCCAUGUUCUACUUGACCAGACUGCACAGGAAAUGCAAGAGAAACUGCAGAAUUUUGCCCAGUUACCUGCCCACCGUGUCACUGACUCCUGCAUUGUGGCGCUUCUCUCUCAUGGCGUGGAGGGAGGCAUCUAUGGUGUGGAUGGCAAACUGCUUCAGCUUCAAGAGGUUUUUCGGCUCUUUGACAACGCCAGCUGCCCAAACCUACAGAACAAGCCGAAAAUGUUCUUCAUCCAGGCCUGCCGUGGAGGUGCUAUUGGAUCCCUUGGGCACCUCCUUCUGUUCACUGCUGCCACCGCCUCUCUUGCUCUGUAAGUUUUUCCCAAUGCAUGGGGUGUGCUGGGACUUGGGCAGCCCAUGGCUCUCAGGUUGGUCAGCUCUCUGUGCACCACCAUGUCCUCUUCUCAGGACACUAUCAGUGCCUUCGCCUUCCUCCUGGAGAACUCUCACUUCUUCUGUGCAGUUCACUCUGGUCUGCUUGUUUCUGUUACUCAUUGCAGUUAAGGAGCUUCUGUCCAUCUCCUCUCUCUCUCUCUGUCUCUCCCUUCGCACCCUUCCUCUUUUCCUUUCUUGAUCCGUCUUCCCCUCUUCUCUUUUCAUCUGCACUCCAUGGCUCCUCUUCUGUGCUUCAUCCGUGUACCAUGCAGGCCAGCAAUGCAGAAGCCCCACAUCGGGCUUUGGCUCUUACUUGUCCUUGAGCUGCUUCCAUCCCUCUUCUUGAAUGCAGUCUCUUACCCUCCAGGAGCCAGGAUGCCAAGACUAGGCUCUGAAGAAUGACAUGCGGGCAUACUUCUUCUCCUAGAGGGAAACCGUCAUAAUUAAAAGCUCUAACCACUGACUAGUUAUAUCAAGUUAGAGAGGUUACUUGAUGUUCCUGCACCUUAAUUUUCUCCAUGUAAAAUGUAGGUAGUGAUCAGACCUACUUCAUAAGGUUGUUGUGAUAAUUAAAUGGAAUAAUACAUACGAAGGUCUUGUCUAGCACAGUACCUGGCUCAUAGUCAAUCCAAAGAAAAGGCCAGCCAUGACUGUUAUAGCAUGGUCAGUGCCCUCAAGGGACUUGCAGUUUGGUUUAAGUGUCACUUUGUCCUAACAUUCAAAUAAUUUUUUUUUCUCUUGUGUGUUCAACGAAUGUAAAUGGUUAACAUUGUUGAUAUCUUCCUAAUAUCACCAAAGAAUAUAAUUUAUUAAGGUCCUGCAACGUGACUAGGAUACUGUCACAAAAGCAAAAGAAAAUGUGUGGUCUCUCAAACUGCUACUGUCUAAAACAAGGAAAAAAGAAAAAAAUGUGUCUCUCAAAGGAGCCUACCAGUUACUAGAAAGAUAAAGCAAGUGUACAUGAAAUAGCUUGAGAAUAAUUUAGAGGCCUCAAGCAAGGGAGAAAUUAGUGAGAUACAAACCAUGCAUAUGAAGGAGUAAGAGAGAAUAGAUUGUUUUAAGUUGGCUUAGUUUGAAGAGAUUUAGUAAGUGUCUUAAUGUGUUAAGGCUUAAUUUGGACCCAGAAGGAUAAAAUCUACAUAGGUAUGGAGUAGUAAAUAGGGCCUUCCAGAGGAAACGGAUACAAGAUGAUAAACACAGCAAGACUAAAAGGACAGCCCCUUCCCUCCCCCAAAAUGUGUGGGGCCAGAAGUCUGCCCAGAUCUAAGUUAAGGACAGGGCAUCUGUAGGUGUGUCCCUUUUCCUUGAGGGACACAAGACUAAAAGGACAGCCCCUUCCCUCCCCCAAAAUGUGUGGGGCCAGAAGUCUGCCCAGAUCUAAGGACAGGGCAUUUGUAGGUGUGUCCCUUUUCCUUGAGGGACACAUUUAGCUUGGCCUGUUUCCUUUAGGAGGUAUUACUGGCAAACUAAAGUGAAAGACAUUCAUGGUCAUUUUCUCUUCCUAUAUUCAGAGAUAUAUAUACAAUAUCAGAUCUGGAUAGGGAGGAACUACUCUUUUCUGGGAUAAUCUGAAUCUUCUCUCUAAAAUUAAAUCCUUCAAGAGAUGACCUUUGAAGAUUUCAGCUCACCUGUCUUCUGUUGUACUUAGUUAAUACAAUUGGUGUCUGUAAAAUUACUCUCCCUUCCCCAGUUGCCUGGCUUCCUAAACUGGAGUGUGAGCUCCAUAAGGGCAGGAGUCUUUACAGCCCUAAGGAGUAAUGCAAAGUGGUGCCUGGCACAUGGCAGUUGCUAAGUAACUUUUUUGGGAUCAGUGAAUUUCGGUCAUUUCCUUGUAGUUCUUCAAGCUUCACUUGCCUUUUGGGUUCUCUUGAGUGUUGCAUGAAAUGGGAAUACUGUAAAAGACUUUGCUCUCUUAUCUUUGGUGUGUUGAGCUGUGUGUCCUCCCUGUCUCUUUUUCCUACUGACCGCAUCCCCACCCACCUCCAAAAUAAAACUGCAGCAUCCAAAUAGGAGUAUGUCUGGGCAUAGAUAAGGCCUGGGUCAGGAGGUUGGACACAUAGUCAGGGUAUGUUGAAAACUGCUGAAAUUGAGUACUGGUGUUCUUUUUCAAUCAUAUAGAAGAAAAGAGUCAAAUUAUCCCAAUUUUUAAGUUUUUCCUUUUAUGAGUUUCUCUUAAAUCUUGGAUGCCUGCCACAAUUUGGCUUGUGAAAUUAAUAGGUAACUUAAAAAUACCAAAAGACUUAGAAACUGAUCAUGGUUAGGGUUUUUUUUCAAAUUUUUUUGAGGUCAUUUUUAUAUAGCAUGAAUGUAGUAAUCAUAUUACUGGUUUAUUAACUUGGUUUUCUUAUUUAUAUAUAAAACUGAAUUGUCAGUAUUUAAUUGUGUAUUGUCAUAAAAAGGACUCUGACUUCCAGGUAUAUUGCUAAUUGAACAAAUGAAUUACAGACAUAGGAUUUUUAGUUCUGUUUACAAGGAAUAUGUGAUUAGCACUUUCCAUCUUGUGCAGAGUGGAUGAAGCUUGGACUUCGCGUCUGUGCACAUGCUUGAGCCUGGUGCUGGGCCUCUGGGUGCUCCCAUGGGUAACGGCUGUGUGCUGGGCAGGAAUGGGAGUAACGAUUUUUUUUUUUUUUUAAUUCAUCAGCCAGAGAUUGGAGGCAGCAGCUGGAAAUGGCUCUUCCCAGUCAAGGUGGCGGGGAAUGCUGGCUUGCCUGUGGCAGGCACAAGAGCCACGGGAGGGAAUAACGUCAUUGUCCAUUCUGUCUGCCUU